GCAGAAAGCUCGACUGUGCACCUGUGCUUUGAUUGCAGAUUUUUUGCGUUUGUAAGUCGAAAAACCGGCCAUCAUUAUAACGAUCACAUGCAUAUAACCGCAACAUCACAUAAAUAGCACUGUUUUUCAAAUUAGUCUACUCAAUUAAAGCAAGUCCGCUUCGCUUUUCAUCUUGGUUCCCAUUGACUAGACACACACACACACACACACUCACGAAAUCGAAACCCAAUGUCAACUACCUGCAAAAUUAUUCUCCGACUAUCAGCUUGCAAUAAAUGAAUGCGAAACAUUUGUUCAAAAAAUCUCAAACUGAUACCAGUUUGAAAAUAGACUGGCAAACACCCAGUAAUGCCCCUUAAUCCGUGAGGACUUUAUCUAAGAUUUGAUCCACUUUAAACACGUUUGUUUCCAAAACAAUUACUUCGCGUUCAACCGCGGAUAUUCACCGGAUGAGCCCAAUGAUCAUGAGUCACAACAACAAAAGAAGUCGAGGAUAAUGGUUCAAGGAUUGUCGCAGUACCAAAUGAGAACAAAGCAAAGUAGGUUAUCUGCGAGGACCUGGAAUUGCCCGAAAGAAAGCCGGUGUAUAAAUACCGAUAUGAAACUGCAGAUAUGAUGAAAACUUCCGCCACUUCAGUGCCAGUUCGGGGCUACCAUGUGGUAGAAGGCGGCUACUAUCCCUCCGAGUCCGGAGUGGUGGGAACUGUGGUAGGACCUGUAGGAAUAGGAGGAGUUGGAGGCGUUGGAGGCGUGGGAGGAGUUGGAGGAUUCGGACACGGAGGUUUAGUGGGAGGUGGUGUGGGCCCGGUAGGCUUCGGAGGACUGGGCGGUUUAGGAGGCAUAGGCUCCUUCGGGUAUGGGGGCCACAUCGGACCGCAAUUCAUUGGCGGGGGAGUAGGACCCGGAAUAGGCGCCGCUGGAUUAGGAGGCGUCGGCUACGUCGCCCCUAUUGUGCAUGGAUACGGAGGAGAAGAUGUGGAAAAGAGCGAAUUCAGUGCAGGGAAAAAGAACAUCGAGGACGAAAAAUUCGAAAAGGCGCAUGGCAAAAAAGAAGAGGAAGCAAACCAUGGCCAUUCAGGAUACUCCCAAGGAGGUCAAGCAGUCAAAGACGUUAAAGGCGAGGAAGGAUACUACAGCAACAAAGCGGCAGGCAAAAACAUAGUGGAAGAUGGCAAACAGUAUCAAGGAGGACAGCAAUUUAACCAAGAAGGCCAAAACGGCGCAGAACACAAAAUCAAAAAGGGGCACAAAAAGGGCCAUGUGAUCAAGGGAUUUAAAACCUCUCACCAAAAGGAUGAAUCUGGAAAAACCGAAGAAUACUAUGACGAGGAGCACGACGAAGGAGCAAAUCUGGCCUUCAACGGGCAGAAUGGUCAAUUCGGGCAAAAGGGCGCGUCUUCUUAUAAGGGAGGUCACGAAGAUGGCAAAUUCAACGAACAGGAACAGAAGAAAACUGGCCACCUCAGCAAUCAGUAUGCCGUCAACAAAGAAGCGGCUGAUCAAGGAAAAUAUGGUGAAAACAAAUACCACGGAGCUGGAUCAGUCUAUGGCGUCAACAACGGUGUUGAUCAGCAAAGUUUGCUGGGGCACCAAGAAAACGCUAGAUUUAUCAAACAUCAUCCGGUCCCCUUCUACAACUACUGAUUGAUGCUAAGCCAUUCACGCUCUACUGUUAAGUUAUUUAUUUUCUUACUGAUAGUUGAUUAUUUAUUGUUUAAUAGCGAGUCUAGUGUACCUUAAUGAUUUAUUUUGAAUAGUGUACACUCGUAGCGCUCCGACAAAGUUUCGGCAGAAACAUGGCUUUUUUGUACGUUUGUGUUUAAGCAAAAAUAAAUUUAUAUUUAUUCGAAA